CAGGCAACAACACCACCUAGUGAGACCACCACAAACAUAGUUUGUGAUGAGGGAAUGGAAGAAGUUGAUUGCAUGCGAUGUCCGCAACGAUGCCAUUACAUCGAUAAUGGGGAUUGUGAUGAAACAAUGGGUUGCGUACGUGGGUGUUCGUGUCCUGUGGGAAAAGUGGUGGGGGAAGAUGGCGCGUGUGUUGAACCCACAACGUGUGCUUGUGUCGAUGAUGUCGGGGUGAUGCAUGAGCCUGGCUCGACAUGGAAACGAGGAUUAUGUGAAAGGUGUUCGUGCUUCAACAACAACAUAAGUUGUCAGAAUAUACAUUGUGAUCGAAUCCCGUGUAAUGAGAGUGAAGGGAUGUCAAUGGUUCAUAUCGCGGGGGUUUGUUGUCCAGUGUGCGUUCCUGCUACCACGUUUCCUAUUAUGACAUCAACAACACAACCCAACGUGACCAUGACAUCACAACCUGUUUGUGAUGAAAAUGAAGUUUACGGGAUUUGCACGUGUACGCCAACAUGUGCGGAUGUGAACAACAAUCGAUCAUGUGUGAUGUCAUCAAUGGGUGAACAAUGCUGUUCUUGUAAAGAAGGAAUGGCGAUUGAUGAUGUCACAAACCGAUGCAUUCCAGUAGAACAAUGCCCUUGUGUGACAAACAAUGGUAUAAUGGUGAUUGUUGGUGAAACUUACGAGCGAGGUUGCGAACGAUGCGCUUGUAUUGCUGGUGUGCUCAGGUGCGCCACCUACUGUCCCGUCGAGAGUUGUGAUGAUGGAAUGAUUUUGCAACGAGACGACACUGGUUGUUGCUAUUGUGACGAAAAAUCGACAACUACUGCACCACACGAGGUCACAACAGAGCCAACCUGUGCGUGCCAACCCGGGUAUUCCUCCUGCAACGAUUGUUCUCGUUGUUACCGUGACGACGCACGUUGCGAUGAUGUUAUCACUUGUGACGACGGUAGCGACGAAUCAGGUUGUCCGUGCAUCCAUGACAACAAAAAGCACAAUGAACAAUGGUGGGCAAGUGAUUGUGAGUCAUGCAUGUGUAACAAUGGAGUGACGAGUUGUAACAAAACGUGCUCCCUCAAGUGUCAGGAUGGAUUUCAAUUGAUUUCACCUUCCGAUGAAAAUUGUUGUACUUGUGAACCCGUUGCUGUGACAACCACUGCUAUGACAUCAUCAGCCCCUAUUGUGACAUCAUCAGCCCCUAUUGUGACAUCAUCAACCCCUGUUGUCACAUCAUCAACCCCUAUUAUGACAUCAUCAGCAUCCAUUGUUACCACAACAGUGAUGAGCAAAACCAGUGUUACCCCGUAUUGUGAUGACGCAAUGGGUAUGGAAUCGGGGACAAUUGACGAUCAAGUUAUUCAUGCUUCGUCUUAUUUACCCGGGAAAGAACCCCAGUAUGCGAGGGUUAAUCAUGGGGGGUCAUGGUCACCCAAGGAAGCCGACACCACCCCUUAUUUGGAAGUUAGUUUCCUUCAAGUAACUGAGUUAACCGGCAUUACAACACAAGGUGGCAGUGAUGGGUCGUACGUGUCCGAGUAUAUGAUUGAAUACGCAACAAUAAAUGAGGUCACAAUGUUUGCUGAUUCGUUCGGGAAUCCUAUUGUGUUUCAAGGCAACAAUGACGAUUCAACCGUCCACAAAAAUGAAUUCCCUCAUCCAAUCAACGUGAAGCGUAUUCGAAUCUUUCCAUUGUUGAGUAACAAUGGCAUCAGUUUGCGGAUAGAACUUCAUGGUUGCGGUCGAACAAUCGAAACAACAACAAAGGUUGUCACGACAACUACCGAUCCUGUGUCAACUGUCACUGGAGGCGUGUCAACUGUCACUGGGAGCGUGUCAACUGUCGGGGGCGUGUCAACUAUUGUCACGGAAACCACGGAAAUUGUAAAAGAAACAAACCCUGUGUUCACAACAAAAGAAACUCAGACUACAGUGAUUGAAACCAGCAGCAGCACAACUAAAACUUCGACCCCUGAGGUUUGUACUGAACUGAUGGAAGAAGGGUCAUCAAUUACACCGACAGCUACAUUCACAGCUUCAUCAACCAACUUUAACACAACCCCUGAUAAUGGAAGAUUGGGGUCAGAUGGGGUUUGGAAACCGGCCAUGGAUGUCUCUGGGCAAUAUCUACAGGUUGACUUCAAACAACCUGUGGUGGUGGUGUCAUUAUUGCUGCAAGGUGGAACUGAGGGGUGGGUGUCAAAGUUUUCCAUCCAAAGCAGUAAAGAUGGCGAGGAAUGGAUGGAAGUUGACGCUGCUGGCCUUUCUCAUAACCCUCUUGUGUUUAGAGGAAAUUCGGACAAUGAAAAUAUUAUAGAGGUAAUUGUAUGA